GAAACAUGAGCGGCGCCAACUUGAAUCGGAACGACGAGUUUGAUGAGCAGUUGCGAAUGCAGGAAUUGUACGGAGAUGCCAAAGAGGAUAAUACCCAAAAAGACCCCAGUGGAGAAACUGAGUCUUUCGAGCAGCAGUCGGCUGACACGCCGUAUGAAUGGGACCUGGACAAGAAGGCUUGGUUCCCCAAGAUCACUGAAGAUUUCAUUGCUACAUAUCAGGCGAAUUACGGCUUCACUAGUGACGGUGCAUCUAGUUCUACUACACAUGUUCCUGACACCAAUAUGAAAGCUGCAGAGGAGCCUCCACAAGGAAAAACCCCAGAACCCACUGAUCCCAAAAAGAGGGGCGAGAAGAGAAAGGGUGACUCAGGAUGGUUUCAUGUUGAAGAAGACAGAAAUACAAAUGUAUAUGUGUCUGGUUUGCCUCCAGACAUUACAGUGGAUGAAUUUAUACAGCUUAUGUCCAAGUUUGGUAUUAUUAUGAGAGAUCCUCAGACAGAAGAAUUUAAAGUCAAACUUUACAAAGAUAAUCAAGGAAAUCUUAAAGGAGAUGGACUUUGUUGUUAUUUGAAGAGAGAAUCUGUGGAACUUGCAUUGAAACUUUUGGAUGAAGAUGAAAUUAGAGGCUACAAAUUACAUGUCGAGGUGGCAAAGCAGCUGGAUUGGAGACCUGAGAGAAGAGCUGGACCAUCCCGAAUGCGCCAUGAACGAGUUGUUAUCAUCAAAAAUAUGUUUCACCCUUCAGAUUUUGAGGAUGAUCCAUUGGUGCUGAAUGAGAUCAGAGAAGACCUUCGUGUGGAGUGUUCAAAGUUUGGACAAAUUAAGAAGCUCCUCCUGUUUGAUAGGCAUCCCGAUGGUGUGGCCUCUGUGUCCUUUAGGGAUCCAGAAGAAGCUGACUAUUGCAUUCAGACCCUUGAUGGAAGGUGGUUCGGUGGCCGUCAGAUCACUGCCCAAGCAUGGGAUGGGACUACAGAUUAUCAGGUGGAGGAAAAUGCAAGAGAAAGGGAGGAAAGGCUAAAAGGAUGGGAGGCAUUCCUCAAUGCUCCUGAGGCCAACAGAGGCCUUCAGCGUUCAGAUUCUGUUAGUGCUUCAGAAACAGCAGGCUUCUGUAACUAA